GCUAGGGGAAGUGACGUCACAGCGCGAUGGCGGCGGCUCUUUCAGGCAGCUGAAGGGGGAUUUAGGCCCGGAAGAUCCGAGUCCAUCCGCGACGGGGAGAGGGCGAGCGGGGCCGAAGGGGGCCGGAGCACGGGCGGCGGCGCUCGGACUAUCCCAUCCGCCCCUUAUUGAGGCGCUGGGAGCGGCGGCGCGGCCGGAAAGCGAUGGUGAAAGCGGGGCCGUGAGGGGGGCGGAGCCGGCAGCCGAACCCGCAGUAGCGGCAGCAGCGGCGCCGCCUCCCCGAGCUCAGACCCAGGAAGCGGCCGGGAGGGCAGGAGCGAGCCUGGCCCGCCGCCGCCGCCAUGGAGCUCAGAGUCGGGAACAGGUACCGGCUGGGCCGGAAGAUCGGCAGCGGCUCCUUCGGAGACAUCUACCUUGGUACGGACAUUGCUGCAGGAGAAGAAGUUGCCAUCAAGCUUGAAUGUGUCAAAACCAAACACCCUCAGCUCCACAUUGAGAGCAAAAUCUACAAAAUGAUGCAGGGAGGAGUGGGCAUCCCCACCAUCCGGUGGUGCGGGGCGGAGGGGGACUACAACGUGAUGGUGAUGGAGCUGCUGGGGCCGAGCCUGGAAGACCUCUUCAACUUCUGCUCGAGGAAGUUCAGUCUCAAAACUGUCCUGCUGCUUGCCGACCAAAUGAUUAGUCGUAUUGAGUACAUCCACUCUAAGAACUUCAUUCACCGGGACGUGAAGCCCGACAACUUCCUCAUGGGGCUGGGCAAGAAGGGCAACCUGGUGUACAUCAUCGACUUCGGGCUCGCCAAGAAGUACCGGGACGCCCGCACCCACCAGCACAUCCCCUACCGCGAGAACAAGAACCUCACGGGGACCGCGCGGUACGCCUCCAUCAACACGCACCUCGGAAUCGAACAAUCUCGAAGGGACGACCUGGAGUCACUGGGGUACGUGCUCAUGUACUUCAACCUGGGCUCUCUGCCCUGGCAGGGGCUGAAGGCCGCCACCAAGAGACAGAAGUACGAGAGGAUCAGUGAGAAGAAGAUGUCCACCCCCAUCGAGGUGCUGUGCAAGGGCUACCCUUCUGAAUUUGCCACAUACCUGAAUUUCUGCCGUUCCUUGCGUUUUGACGAUAAACCAGACUACUCAUAUCUGAGACAGCUCUUCAGGAACUUGUUUCACCGCCAGGGCUUCUCCUAUGACUACGUGUUUGAUUGGAACAUGCUCAAAUUUGGCGCCAGCCGGGCUGCUGACGAUGCGGAGCGCGAACGCCGGGACCGCGAGGAACGACUGAGGCAUUCCCGAAACCCAGCCACCCGGGGCCUGCCCUCCACUGCCUCAGGCCGGCUGAGGGGGGCACAAGAAGUGGCUCCCCCCACGCCCCUCACCCCUACCUCACACACUGCUAACACCUCUCCGCGGCCCGUGUCCGGCGUGGAGCGCGAGCGGAAAGUGAGCAUGCGGCUGCACCGUGGCGCCCCUGUCAACAUGUCCUCGUCCGACCUCACGGGCCGGCAAGACACGUCCCGCAUGUCCACCUCGCAGAAUAGCAUCCCUUUCGACCACCACGGCAAGUAGCUGCACGGCCCGUCCCGCCCCGGCGGAAGGCGGCACUGGAUUCCCGGUCGGGUGGCGUCCAGUGGUCUGCAGUCUGUCGUGCACCGAUGAGAACGCUCCUUUUUGCUGUGAAGGGCACACAGUGAAUGCAUGGCUGAUCUACUCUGUUACAUGGCUUUACUAGUGACGCCCCCCGGGCUAGAGCGCCGGGGGUUCUCCAGGCCACCCACCCAGCAACGCCCAUGGGGAGACAAAACAGACUAAACGGACAGACUCCAAGCGCUGCCACCGCCAGGGGCUCCACUGAGGCCCUCCCGCGUGAACUCUUGUCCCGGGGCUGGGAAGAGAAGCAGAGGGAGACGGCUGCCGAGAACCCACUCCGGCCAGGAGCCUUGCAGCCUCCCUCCCGCGGUGGCACGCCCGUGCUCCCCGACGAGUCUGCUGUAACCACCGACCUACUUGGUUCAGACAGUUUUGUAUCAUUUUGCUAAAAAUUAUUGGCUUAAAUCUGUGUAAAGAAAUCUUUUUAUUGUUUCUUUCUCGUCUGUUUUUGCGGUCUUCAAAAAGGUGUUGACUUGAAAGAACUCUGACAGACGCUGGCGUGGAAUUUUCUGUGCAGGAUGGAGUGAGGCAGGGCGCCGGCACACGCGAAACUCAGGCACCUGUUUCCUGGUUUGGUUUUGUUGUGUGGUCCACUGUGGAAAGGGGAUUUUCUCUCAGAAAUUGUCACGUGUAUACGCGUGUGUAAGUAACGUGUGUGUCUGUGUGCUGUGUGUCUUGUGACCUCAUUCACCCGGUUUUGGCUGUCACCCCCCGACCGUGACUGAAAUGCCGGCAGCCAUUCGAUCUUCCCAGAUGCGAGAUGGAAGCCAGGCGCUGAAGACUCGGAGCCGAGGCUUUCUGUGUGUCGCUGGGCUAGGCCCCUCAGGGUCAUGUAUGGUUAUUUUGGUGGUGGUGGUGGUGGUGGCCUCAAUGCCUUUGAGUUUGGGAAAUUUUCUGAACAGACUGUAAAUAUCAGCAGCGAGGAUUGGCCCUUAAUGUGUGUUAAUGUGUGUGUCCUCAAAACCAAGGCCGUGGCCGUCCACAUAGGUGCCAGGUAUGCCGGAAGGCAGCGGGCCCAGGGAUCUUCUCUGAAGUGCCAAGACGCAGUGACUCGGAGACCUGACGGUCCAGGAAGGCGUGGUCAGGCGUGGCCAUGACUUCGUUGGCAUGGAGUGAACCCCAGCGGUCCAGGAGCGGGCCCCGCUGAGGCUCGCCGGAAAGACUGAGCGGCCAGGCUCGUGGCUUUCCUGAGCCGCUGUCUCCUCUCGUUUUGCGGCAUCAGAGGCACCUGGUGACGGUGGCAGCCAGCAGACAGGAGCCCCCGUCUCGGGGAAAUGAGGUGCAAUAUGUAUAUUCGUGGGUACUGUCACAGGUGGCCCUGUCACCCACUGCGGAGUGUCGUUUGCAAACUGUGUGUUGUAGGCAGCUAGGGGCCUGGAAAGUGGCCGGGUCUGUCUCUCUUCGCCCAAAGCCCCGGCACAGGAGUGCUGAUAUGGGACGCUGGGCUGGGGACGCCGACAUGCAGGCUGUGGCUGCUCUGCAGGGCUGGGGGGCCGGAGAGGGGGGGCUUGGAUAGGUGGGGCUCGCGUGGUGGCCCAGCACCUUCCGCAGGCAGACUCCUCCCUCAGGAGGUGGGACGGCCGUACCUGACUGGCGCAGUGCUGGCGGUGGCUCGGCCACUUCUGGCCUACACCCAGGCCUGCAACCUUUUGGACGGGGGCUGGGCCUGAGCCCACACUCAGCAGUGCCUGGGGACAGUGCUGGUGCCCACCACCUGUGGGAACGUAGCCGCGUAUCUGUACAGCCUGGGAUGGUGGCCAGUCUGCCCUGCGCAUUUGUAUGACCACUGUAUUUGUGUACUUAACACCGUGUCAAGUAAUAAAUUCAUGACGACGUGUACCUUUC